CAGCAUUUUGAAGCUGGCUCCUGUCUGAGGAUCUGAGUUCACAAGGAUUUUCUCAUGGAGCAGAGUUCAGAGGAGACAAAGUACUUCAGCAAAGAUGACUUUGAAGCCGACUGGGUCAAGAUCGCAAGUAGGAAUUUUAGCCAGGUUUUCAAAGUGAAAGUCAAGGUUUGGAGAGAAACAUUUGCCAUAAAAUGUUUUCCCAAUAUGUCCUCGGACACCAGUCUCUACAGGCAGAUGAUGAAGGAGGCUUCCAAGAUGGAGAAAAUGAAGUUCAGCUAUAUUGUGUCUGUCUAUGGCAUCUGCAAUGACCCCAUGGCGAUAGUGAUGGAAUACAUGAGCAACGGAUCGAUGGACAGUUUGCUCACGAGUCACUUGCUGAUGUGGCCCAAAAAGUUUCAAAUGAUUCACGAGGUGACCAUGGGUAUGAACUUCCUUCACAGUGUCAAGCCACCCUUGCUUCAUCUCAAUUUAAAGCCGGCAAACAUCCUUUUAGAUGAUCACCUACACGUUAAGAUCUCGGAUUUUGGAUUGGUCAGAUGGGAGGAGACUUCAAGCAGGACAGAGUUUAUAGAGCAAGCCGCAGCAAGGGGAAAUAUCAGCUACAUCCCUCCUGAAAUGUUCCUUGAAAGUGCCAAGUCACCAGGGACCAAGUACGAUGUUUACAGUUUUGCCAUUGUGACAUGGGAGAUAAUAGCUCAGGUUAAGCCUUAUCCAGGAACCAACCGCAUGGCAGUCAUAAUGAGAGUGGCAUCAGGCAAAAGGCCGAGUCUCGAGAAAAUCCCAGAGGACAGACCCGACCAGUGUAACCAGCUGAUAGACUUAAUGGAAAGGUGCUGGAACCAGGAUCUGCGGCAAAGGCCGUGCUUUUCAGAAAUUGUAACAGAGACAGAAGAGCUCAGGGAGAUUUUGAAGAUACCAGACCUGCGACGAGGUUCUGAUGAAAAGUCAAGAUCAAGUCAACCUGUGUAUUCUAAAAUGUCUACAAACUUGAAAGAAGUUGAGGUGAUCGACAUGAAGCCAAGAUUCAAAGACACAGAUGAAAUAAAUUCAUGCAAAGAUAUUAUUGGUCUGCUGUCAAGAAGAGAGUUCAUGGAUUUUAAGAAAAUGCUUAACAAGGAACAUGUGUCUAUGGUAUUUGAAGACGGCAACUCUCUCCUUCAUUACGCUGUUGCCAUGGGAGACCUUGAGACAGUGAAGCUAGUCCUGCAUUUUGGUGCUACUGUGAACUCCCAGAGUAUCAAGGGGUACACUCCACUGAUCAUAGCCGUGAUCUAUAAAUUUCUGGACAUUUGCUCCUUGCUUCUCGAGCACGGUGCGGAUGUAAACUUGGCCGACAAGGAUCAAUGGACUCCUCUCCAUUUUGCCGUGCAAAGCGGUGAGGACAGAAUCACACGUCUGCUUCUAGACAGUUAUGCGCAAGUCAAUGCCAGGGAGCGAGACGGGUGGACGCCUCUUCACCUGGCAUCUCAAAACGGGUACGAAAGCAUGGUCCGUACCCUGUUAACACGGAAAGUCACCGUUGACCAACAGGAGAACAGUGGUCGAACGGCGCUUCACAUCAGCUGCGCUUAUGGGCACGUCAACAUUGCCAAGCUCCUGAUCGGGCAUCAGGCAGACUUGAAUGAGAGGGACAAUGGUAACUGUACACCACUACACCUUGCCUCUGAUGAAGGGCAUUUCAGGGUGACGAGGCUCUUGAUAAAAAGUGGGGCAGAUGUUAACAUUGUGGAUCAAAACCGAUCUACUGCUUUACAUUUGGCUGCCCUGAAGGGACACAAUGGGUCUUGCAGGCAACUACUUGCGCAGGGAGCGAUUCCAGACCUGCAGACUUCCCAAGGGUGGACACCUCUGCACCUUGCAUCCCUGAAAGGACAUCCCACUACGGUACAGAUCCUGGUGGAGCACCACGCCACUGUCAACCUCCAGGGAGAGAACGGGCAGACCCCUCUUCACAUUGCCUGUCACUAUGGCCAGGAUGACGUGGUCUCUGAGCUGCUGAGAGCAGAGGCUGACCCAAAUAUCGCUGAGGAUUCAGGAUGGACGCCCCUCCAUGUGGCCUGCCACAGGGGGAACCUCUCAUGCGUGCAGCAGCUAAUAUCACAUCAGGUGAACAUCAACGCCCAGAACAAUUCCGACAGGACUCCUUUGCACCUGGCAGUCCUCAGUGGGAGCACCUCCACAGUCAGAGAGCUACUCAUGAGCGGUGCUGACCAGACCACAAAGGAUGCUACCGGUUGCACUGCUUUGCGGUUAGCAAUAGAUAACCUCAAAGAAGACAUUGCAGAGCUGCUUCUUCGCAAGGAGAAUUGAAUGUCUUCACUAAAAACUCACAAAAAUGAGAGGAUAACACAGCUGUUUUACUUAUUGAUAUUCAUGUGAUCCUGCCUUGUGUCCAUUACUUACCGGAAUAGGCUCUGGCUGGUUCCCCCCCUCGAUUUUCCAAUAAAAACCUUU